UCAGUUUUGAUUCUCUUAUAGAUCAAGAAUCUUGGAGGAUAUCCUUUGGGAUUCCUCCCUCGUCAAAUAUUUCCAGAUUUCAAUCUGACAAGAAACUGUAAUAACUUCUCUUGAGUAAAUGCCUCUUUUCCCAAAGAGGUGUAUUUUCUCCUUCAUCUAUGAGCCUCAGAUAGUCGGACCAGAUCUCAAACUUUUAACUUCCUACUCAAGCUAUGCGUAGUAGGUGGUCAAAGGCAAUCAUGCGCAUCAAAAGUCGUCGUAUGUUUUCAAAUUUUGUUUGAGGAAAAGAAGUCGUAGCCUACUCAAAACUCUACGGAUUGUAGUAUAUAUGAUGUUCCUUCGCUGGAGAGUAAAUUAAGUCAAGCUGUGUAGACCCAUUGCACAGCAGUGUGGGUCACGAGUUUAUGUCGACCAUUGUGGUACCCUGGGCACUUAAAGCUGUCUAUAUUUGUGAAGACAGGCGGUCUAUGCAUCGACAACUUCCAGCACAUGAAAUUUUGAAACCUUGAACAAUUCUGUCUAAUUGCUCUCUUCGUCUUCGGCUCCCAUUUUUAAGCCGUCCUUGUCUUGCGCUCAAGAAACUCUACUGAAAAGUGCCGCAUAGACUACUAAACUCUCCCCACCAGUUUCCAUAAAGUCUGCUAGUUGGAACCAACAUAUUUUGAAAUAAUAGGGUGUGUGCCCUUGAGUCUAUUUUCGGAAAAAUAUUCUCCUAUGCAGCUUGUAGCCAUGGUUCGUAAUAUUUCGCAAAUAUUGAUGGGGGAACAAUCUAUAAUUUUUCGGGACAGGUUGUGUUGGUGCAUUGAAUGAGAAGUAUGGGCUAAGGUCUUCACAUAUACCGACCUUGCAAUAAAUGAUGGUAAAGUUGGACUUAGAGAUGAAGCCAUUUCUAUUUUCAAGCUCACAGCUGUGGCUAUGCAUGAAUAUGGUGGUGAAUCAUAGGAGAGUAGAUUUCUAUUGUGAUCAAAGGCUUUGUCUCCUCGUAGAUGUCUAAGUUGAGAGUGAAGAGAGAUGAAGUAUAGGUACUGUUAAAUAUAUUUAUAUCCUCCACUGCCUCUGCCACUUGUUCUAAGACAUGCUGUUUCUCCGUGAUAGGAUUUCUUUACGGAUUUACCUGAUGCCGAAUAGGCCGACGUUAGGCGACGCCUCCUCUGCAUUAGGAGGCGUCGGCCUAUUCGGCAGCUGGGCAUCUACAUUAGGACGAGACAGUUUUUCUUUUUGCAUUAAAUAUUUCCUUCGAAGCUUUUUGUGUUGGAAAUAUUUCAACCCCAAGGUCUACUCAUGAAAUAACCCAUUUUUAAUGAAAUUUUGAGCUGACUUCUACGUAGAACAGCAUAUAUUAAGUGGAUCAAUUAUGCUUAGGAACACACGUUGUGUAACAAAAGAAAUGUCACUGCUUUUGGGAGAUGACUUGCAAGUUGAUGUAAUCUCUGAAUACAGAUCUUGUGAAACAUUGUAGGAACACAUAGACCCCCUGGGCAUGCUGCAAUUUAUCCUCCAACGUGUAGGAAUGUGGAUCCUAUACACGUUCGGUACCAGGUCGAUGUCUGGAUGUCAACUUGUGGUGUGAGAGAACGUCAUUGCUCAGCUGUACCCAGUUGCAGUUGUUUGGUCCAUAACAUCGACCUCGACAGCGUCGAGGUCGAUGUUAUGGACCAAACAGAACAAGAAUAACGAAUUUGCUCGAGAUUCAUCGUCCUUUUGCCAAAAACGUGCAGCCAGGAAAAAAAUGCAUGUUCUUUUCUCAUGCGGAGAAUCUGUAAAGCCUGGAGCUGGAGAUAGAUGGUCGGAAAAAGCCCCUGGCAUUGCCUCCCUACAUAGCUAUGUAGAUGCACUUUCAGCCCUCUGAUAUUCUCUUCCACCCACCGCCCAUGGUGGUUCUUGGAACUAGGACGUAGCAAAGCGGUGAGCAUCUACACUGUGCGGCCAUGACAAGCUUUCUUUUCUUGGGAAUAUGGGUACUGUGAAACCCAUCAAGGCGGAGAGGUCGUUCCUUCGUUGUUGUUCUGUAUCCCUCAAGGCAGGCCCUUGUCCUCUUGGCUGGAUCACACAUGUCCCGACUCUCUUUCGUAAAGUGGUUAGUUGUUUGCACAUGGAGUGAUUGAAUGGAGGCUUUCACUUGACUAAAGCAUUAAUUGAAUGAAUGCGCAGCCCAUGGAAAAGGACGCUCAAUUUCCCUACAGGCAUGUCCUCGUGAAGCACAUCUUUCCUUUACUAGUAAUACUCAACAUGCUGAACAGUAUGCAAUUGUCUUCUUCCCCACUUGAACACGUUGCUUCAAAGAUGGGUUAAGAAUGGUUGUAACUGUUCUCGUUUCAACUUAAAAGGUUCAGAUUCAUGAGAAGCGGUGAGGGGUGAUGGAUUCUGGAAUGUGCUUAGAAUGUUCAGACGCUCUAGUGUAUCUUCGAGUAGAAAUUUGUAGGCUUGGCCUACCAUGCACGGUAAGUUCAAGGGAUCCUGGCCAAGGUGAGAACAUGGCUGACCUCACCAUGGUUAUCCGAAAUCACCGCCAGGUGCACAAUCUUUGUCCCAACUAUGUGAAUGCAGACUUCUGUAUGACGAUCACUUGUACUUUGAUGACCCAUCGAUGGUGGGAAUAUUUGCAGAUAUCUUUGCACUCACCUUUUUGGCGCACAGGAAUGUAAGUACAUACGGAGUUAUGAAAGCCUUUUCUACCUGCGGAAAAAUAUGUUCCGAACGACGUGACGCCAGCCAGUCCCGGUAUCUCAUUUGGUUCCUAUCUGAAAUAUCGAUCAUGCCAUACGUAUUAUGACUCUACAUCUACCUGCAGAAACGGCCAUCACUCUGAGCAAUGAAGUACUGCUUCAUAUUCCCAUCUUUCAUGAGAAGCACAUGAUAAAGCUCUCAACGCGUACACGAAAGUCAAAGAAUUCGAAUGAUGUUCGCAGUAUUGUAAUAGUUUAUAGGUGGUUCUGUGUUGCUUUCUCAUAUGAACGUUGAGGACUUGGAGAUUCCCGAAAUGAAAUCCACGAAACAAAGCUGGUGUUUUCAAAACUUCAGCUUUUGGCAGAUAAUGCAAAGCUCCAUCACUUUGUACAUCAGUGGACUGACAGCUGAGAGUCAGAAAGGAAAUGAAUCCCGCGGAAUCAAUCUUCCAUGGGAAGGUGUGCAACCACUGAGCAUCUACAUCUCGAGUCCUGUCGAAUUUCAGCCGCUCUAGCUGCCGUGGAGCAUGCUGCAUUCGAUUGAUGCUAUCUCAGAAGAAAAGAGGGAGCUAUCGAGUUCAUUGUCAAAUAGUCAAAGCGAGGAAUUGGCAACAACCUCGGUUGACUGACACUGAUGGACUGGGAUCAUGGAGCAUGAAAUCUCACCAUGCGCUACAUGAUUGUACAUAAUGCAGUUGUUCAGUCUUCACUGUAACCUAUGAAACCUUCAGACUCUUGGACCUUAAUGCAUGAUAGGGUCAGAUGUUUUCAAGCUCCCUACAACCUUUUUGGAGGCAAAAGCAGCCAAAGUUUCAUUCUGGAAAAACAGUUGAAAUCCAGCUUUAGAACUAGCCAUAUUAUACAGUCUUUGUUCUUGCUGACAUCAGAACAUCACAGAUUGAUUGAACAAGAGCACACUGAACUUUCAUUGUAGAGGAACUUCUGGCCGGUCGAAACAGGGUUCGGUAUGCUGAAAGGGACAGCUUCAACAGAAUCCAAAAAAGCCACGGUGGACAUGGAAAGAGAACUAUUGCCUUCCCCUUCCAAAGAUCCUAAAGCACUAGUACUUGGAUUAGCAAGACACGCAUCUCGGCUACGAGUUCGUACUCAUAAAUCAGGACAGAAUACGCUAACGGGUGGCAAGCCUUCAGAAUCCAUCACCACUACGUACUAGAGCAGACUGUAAGCUCCGACUUUUCUUUUUUUUUUAUUCAUUGUAUAAACUCUGAGAGUUUUCUGUUCAACCUACUGACUGACCGACCUUACACAAUAGCUUCUGAAUGGAAUGGCACCCUUCGAUGGCGAUCACCUUUAUUGACUUGCGCUGUGCUUGCACUGUGCCGGUUGUCGGACACUCGACAAUGAGCUUGAAUGACUCUAUCUUCCACUAUGAGGUCAGAGCCUGAGGUGUAGGCAGAAUCAUACGAGCUUUGCAACCCACCACUAUCCUCGAGACUUUGUUGACAUACUUCGUGUACUCCCCGCCCCCUUUACUCUCACUGCAUCAGAGAUUUGAACGUUCAGAUCGAAUGAGCGUCACUCAUAGUCUGCCAUCGAUCAGUCGGCAGAGUUGCAGUUAUAAAAUGAACGCACCUCCUGGUCACAAGUUCCUUUCAAACCUUUCCACGACAUGUCAGCCAAUACUUUCGCUGAACUUGCUCAGAGCUCACCGUCGAUGAGAACUUUCAAUUUACCGAAACGUACAAUAGUCAGAAGAGAAGAGAGGAUGUUGAGGCCGA